AUGGACUCACAUGAAGUCAUCAAUGCUAUAACCUCAUCUAAAUUGUUCUUCUCCACUUCUACUUCAUCACCUUUGGCUCAAUCAUCAUCUCUUGGUCAUCCUCUUCCAUCUCAUGAUGAUGAAUCUCCUCCUCCUCCUCUUGUAGUCAGACCUUGUGGUGCUUAUAAGGGUCUCCGUCAACGUUGUGUUGCAACAUGCAUCCUGGCAUCAUACUUCCCCCCGACCCAACCCCUCAAAUUCUUGGCUGUGCACAGGGUGUUUGGAGCCAGCAAUGUCUCCAAGUUCUUGCAGGGACUUCCAGAGUCUCAGAGGGCUGAUGCAGUGGAUAGUAUGGUCUAUGAGGCGAAAACAAGGAUUAGAGAACCAAUGUAUGGGUGUGCAGGUGUAGUUUCCAGUCUACAGAAACUCAUAAACCAGCUUCAGAUGGAGUUGGCUACUGCAAAAGCUCAGCUUCUCAAUAAAACCUCACAACAGGAAUACCUACCAUUGACCAAUUACGCAUGCUUGGAAAUGGAAGAAGCUCAUCAACUGGAAGACUUCAUGUUCUGUGGUACUACUCCUUAUUCCUUCCAGAAUUGCGAAAACUAA